AUGGCCAACUCAUGUCUCCAACUGAGCGGGUUUCUUCUCAGCGUCCUCGGAUGGCUGGGAAUCAUCGUGGCCACAUCGACUAAUGACUGGGUGGCCAUGUGCAAAUAUGGUCUCAACACCUGCAAGAAGAUGGAUGAACUAAGUGUGAAGGGACCCUGGGCGGACUGUGUCAUCUCCACUGGACUGUACCACUGCAUCACACUCACACAGAUCCUGGAUCUGCCAGCCUACAUCCAGACGACUCGUGCCCUGAUGAUCACAGCAUCCAUCCUGGGUCUUCCAGCAGUGUUAAUGCUCCUCAUGUCCAUGCCCUGCAUCAGCCUUGGCAACGAGCCUCAGAGCUCCAAGAACAAGCGCACCAUUGUCGGGGGAGUGCUUGUGCUCAUUGUCGCCAUGUGUGGGAUGGUGUCCACCGUCUGGUUCCCCAUCGGGGCCCAUCAUGAGCACGGCCUCAUGUCAUUUGGCUUCUCCCUCUACAGCGGAUGGGCCGGCACUCUGCUCACGCUGCUGGGCGGCUUCAUCCUGGCCUGCUCAUCAGACGCCUCCUCCUCCCAUCCCUACCAGGACAACAAUCACUUUUACUACUCGAAGCACGGAGGAGGCAACGCGCCUGCCGCUUCCACCACCAAUCAUGCCAAGAGCGCCCACGUCUGAGCGCGGAGAGAUCCCGAAUCUCUCAUGGACGUAUAGGGGACCGUGUGUGUAUAUAUAGACAUAUGUGCAAGAGACAACAAACACAUGUAUUCACAAUCAGAGCGAUAGCAUUGAAACCUGUCCUGGAAGAGAAAGAGAAACACGCUGAGGCUCGUCGGCCCGUGCUGCUCUGUGUUGGAAAAUACACACAUUGAAAGAGCACACAAACAUACAUCCAAAUCCAAACAUACAAAGACUUUUUAGAGCUUUUCUUUUUCUUUUUUCCUUUUUUUAAAUAAGCAGUGGAUUGUGUUUCUUGUGUCAGAGCUCAUCCUUCAUCCUCAUGUUGGGCGUUUUGUGGACUCUCCACUGUUGCACAGCAAGAGAUGGAAUCCAAUCAGCUCGAGGUUUUAUGUCUUGAGAUAUUAUUUUCUACGUUUAUUUUUCUAUCAUGUGUGACAACUUACCAAUAUCUUUGUUGACAAAUGUGUUUUUAUUUUAAUAUCUACCCCAUCAUGAUUUAUUGUUUUGAUUAAAGCAGGGUGUGAUUAAUAUUAUGCUUGAAAAUGAGAACGUUCUCCUUAACAUUGCUUAUGUACACUGAUUUGUUUUUGUCGGCAUUUUACAGCUCUCUUAUGCAUCUAUACUUUCUCCUUGAGUGAUAGACUUGAUUAUAAUAACCAGAUCAGUUUUUUUUAGCAAUCCCUGCAGUUCGGUGGUCGUAUAAUUGGAUAAUACAUUUUCGAAAAGGAACUUCACAAGUGAUAAAGCUUCUACUGGAGUAUCAGAAUUUGCACUGAAAUAACUUAUUCCCAAACAAAGCAUUCGGCUUUGUGGCAGUUCUUCACCCAGAAUCAUAAAUCUCAUGUUGUCCGACUAACCUGCAGGAUGAAGUGAAGAUAAUUCAUGUGUCACAAUGAGCAUCGUGUAGCAAUAUGAUUAUCCAUUUUGUCAUAUUCCACUUGUAUACACAAAUAUAUCUUCACUGUGUAGCUCUUUGAGGGGAUACAACCCAGGUCAAUGUUUUUCAGUGGAAAAAAUUGACGUUUCCACGAAUCCUUCUGAAACUGUUUCGGCUGUGGCUAUUUAUUGUUUCAAGAAUGUGCUAAUGUGCAACA